AUGGCCAAAAGAGUCGCAGAUGAGCAAAUAACGAAAGAUGGGAUGUCUAAUUAUUCUGACAAUGGACCAGAUGCCCCUGCCAUAGCCUCAUCUGAUGUCUUAUCCAGGAGGAAGAUAUUGAAGCCAAAAGGAAGAUUAGGUUCAAAUAGCACUGGUACUGGCUCUAAUGCAUUUGGAGCAUUGAAUGGGCCACAACAACCUAUGUUUUCCUUUGGUGGUAGCGGAAGCAAUGCAGCAUCAGGAAUAACUUCAUCCCAACCAGCUCAAUCCAGUAAUCCAUUCAAUUUUGCAAAGAAACCAGAAUCCAGUACAACAGAUAAAGACAGCAAGAUUAAAGCAUUAAAUGAGAACUUUAUUCGAGCCAUCACUCAAUUGAAUGUACCUAAUACAAUAGCAGAUUUCACUCCAAUUGCACAGAAAUAUAUUGACUAUUACAAAAGUAUACUGAAAAAUGAGCCUUCCUUGAAUAUUGCAUCCAAAGAAGUAAAAAAUCCAGCCCAACCACCUUCGGCAAGUUCAUUCCAAUUCAAACCAAGUACGGCAAGUGCACCAUCGACAACUGCGACGGCUACUCUGUUUUCUUUUAAACCUUCUGCCCAACCAUCGGAGUCUAAGCUAAACGGACCUGUAUUUUCAUUCAAGUCUAAUUCACAAGAACAAACGACAACUAAACCUGCAUUCUCGUUUAAUCCACCAGCAUCAUCAACUACGGGAUCUGCCACUACCUCAACUCCAUCAUUUACAACUAAACCAAUUUCAUCUUCUGUUCAAAAUGAGGCAUCAAAGACCGAAAACAAAAGGGAAUUGAUCAACUUAGACUCAGAUUCGGAUUCAGAAUCCGACAAAGAACAGCCUAAAGCCAAAGAAGUUAAAGUUCAAGGUCCUAUGUUUACCCUCACGGCCAACCCUACUACCAAAUCAUCACCAUUUACAUUUGAUCCUAAAAAAUUAGCCAAGAAAAAUGCACCAGAUUCAGAUGAUCUGGAAGAUGACGUAGAGAUCAAGGGUCCAACUUUUCAAUUCAACAAGCCUAUUCAAGAUAGUGUAUUUAAAUUGACACCUAACAUCGCAAACAAUACAUUAAAAUCAGAUGAAAAGAAAGAAGAAGCCAAGAGCACACCAUUAUUUGGUGCAACCACUCAAAACAAAGACCAGAUAGCAACACAGACAAGUCUUUUUGGAUCAAGUCAAAACAAGCUCGAAGAAACAAAAGCUCCAAAUGUGUUUGGAGAUUCAUUUGGUUCAAAUGGGAAGACUACGGAACAGAAACCAGCGAGUAGCUUUUCUUUUGGUAGCUUCCAACCUAAGACAGAUGCUUCUGCAAACACUGAGACAAAGAAACCUGAAACUACGUUGUUUUCAUCUGGUACCACAAAUUCUUCUUCCAAGCCAUUAUUUGGAUCUCUGAAUAACGAAACAAAUGCAAAACCGGCAUUCACUUUUGCUUCUACCACUGAUAAGAAAGAUGAAUCGGCUACAGCAACAAGUUCCACCACUACCACACCAUCAUUCUUAUUUGGGAAACAACCAAAUCAAACUGACGGCGCAAAGGAAGCUCAGAGUGAUAAACCAGCAACUUCAUUAUUUGGUAAUAGCUCAGAUAAUGCCAACAAGUCUGCCACCACUGGAUUUUUAUUUGGUACGCAGAAGCAAGAGGAGGAAUCACAAACACCAAAAUUCACGUUUGGUUCAUCUGAAGCAAAACCAUUUGCUUUUGGAGUUCCGAAUAAACAAGGCGAUUCUACAACUCCUCCUAGCUUUAAUUUUGGAUCGAAUUCAUCCAAUAGUGCAUUCUCGUUUGGUUCUAAACCAGCAGAAACAUUUAAAUUUGGUGAAAAACAAGAAGAUAAAAAGGAUGAAGCAUCGUCAACGCUAACAACAUCUUCUAGUUCAUUUGGUCUGACAAAACCUGCAUUUUCAUUCACAUUUGGUAGUGCAAAAUCAGAAGAUAAGCCAGAGGAGGAGAAGAAUGGAGAUACUGUACCUGAAGAGGAAACCGGUGGUAAUUUUGAACCUGUCGCUAAAUUAUCGAAUGAACAGGUUGAUAGUAAGAGUGGGGAAGAGAAUGAAACUGCAAAAUUUACUAUACGUUCGAAAUUAAUGGAAUAUGACUCCAAGAAUUCCGAGAAUCCAUACACAAACAAAGGUAUUGGAGAGUUGAAAGUGUUAUUCAACGAGCAAACUAAAAAGUCUAGAAUUUUAAUACGUGCAGAUGGAAGUUUGAGAGUUCUUUUGAAUACAUUAAUUUUAUCUAGUGUGAAGUAUGAUAGUAUCGGUAAUGGAUCUUUGAUUCGUGUUCCUACUAUUGAUGCUGACGAUAGCUCGAGAAUCAUAACCUAUGUGAUCAAAGUAAAGACUCCGCAAGAUGGAGAGCAGCUUUUGAAAUGUAUUAACGAAUUGAAAUAG